CAUUGGAAUUUAUGCAAAUGUUUUGGCUCUCACUUCAGCAGCCAAACAAGAAGGCUGAAUUCUAUUCUGGAUGGGCCCAUUUUAAUUGAAGAAAUCGUUUCUGCUUCUGGGCAACCCUCGAGAUUCUUCAUCUUUCAAAAGCAUGAUCAGUUGUGAUUGUGAGAGUCUUUAAUUCUGCAGCUUUGUCGUAUGGGAAGAACGAAGAAGAAAUUGUUUGACUUGGAGGGGGCGGUGGAGUCUUGGUACAAGUUGGUGGAGCAGCAGCCGCUGCUGCUUCCCUUUGUUGUACCUCUUCUGCUCUUCCUUUGGGCUGUUGAGAAGUGGUUUUUCUCUCUUUCCAAUUGGGUACUUCUUGUGUGUGCUGUUUGGGCAACAAUUCAGUACGGAAGUUAUCAGCAGCGAAACAUUGUGGACGACUUGAAUAAGAAAUGGAUGCAAGUGACACUAAACACUUCACCUGUCACACCUUUAGAACACUGCGAAUGGCUGAACAAGCUAUUAAUGGAAGUUUGGCUGAACUAUGUAAACCCAAAACUUUCUUCACGAUUUGCGUCUAUAAUUGAGAGGCGCUUGAAGCAUAGGAAAUCAAGGCUAAUUGAAAGGAUAGAGUUACAAGGAUUUUCUCUUGGCUCUCGUCCUCCUUUACUUGGGCUGCAGGGAGCCUGUUGGGCAACAUCAGGUGAUCAGCGAAUCUUGCGAUGUAGUUUUGACUGGGAUUCAGAUGACGUAAAUAUACUCUUGUCGGCUAAGUUGGCUAUGCCUUUAAUGGGGACAGCCCGAAUUAUUGUAAACAGCAUCCACGUCAAGGGCAAUCUUCUUUUCAUGCCAAUAUUAGAAGGAAAAGCGAUAUCAUAUUCCUUUGUAUCGACUCCUGAGGUCAGACUUGGCGUCGCUUUCGGAAGUGGUGGAAGCCAGUCUUUACCCGCAACUGAGCUUCCGGGUGUUUCGUCAUGGUUGGUCAAACUUGCAACUGAAACACUGAAUAAGAGGAUGGUUGAACCACGCCGUCAGUGUCUUGCUUUGCCACCUGAAGAUUUGCACAAGAAAGCUGUUGGUGGUAUAUUAUAUGUAACAGUGCUCUCUGCUAGCAAGCUUUCGGGUCAUAACCUGAAGAGCAAUGGUUCCUCGAAGCAAUUCAACUGUGCAAAUCCAGAUGCAGUCCCCAGUGACAACAAAGAGCUUCAGACAUUUGUAGAGAUAGAACUCGAGGAGCUCACCAGGAAAACAGAUUGUAGAGCAGGAUCUUCUCCUAAGUGGGACUCGACAUUUAACCUAAUCCUGCAUGAAAAUGCAGGAGUUCUUAAAUUUCAUCUCUAUCAACGCACCCCUGGAAGUAUAAAGUAUGACUAUCUUACUUACUGUGAAGUUAAGGUUAGGUAUGUUCAAGACGAUUCAACCAUAUUUUGGGCCAUCGGAGAUAAUAACAGUGUGAUUGCGAAACAUGCUGACGUUUGUGGAAAAGAAAUUGAGAUGACAAUUCCAUUUGAGGGGGGUAAUCUAGGAGAGCUAACUGUGAGGCUUGUACUAAAAGAGUGGCUGUUUUCUGAUGGUUCACAUAGCUCGACUAAUUUAAAUGCAAGCUCUCGUCAUUCACUCGGUAGCUCAUCGAACUAUUUUUCCACAACCGGAAGGAAAAUUUGUAUUACUGUGGUUGAGGGCAAGGAUCUCCUUGUGAAGGACAAAAUUGGGAAAUCUGAUCCCUACGUCAAACUGCAGUAUGGCAAGGCUGUCCAAAGAACGAAACCCGCCCUACAUUCUUCAAAUCCUACUUGGAAUCAGAGAUUUGAAUUUGACGAAAUAGGAGGUGGGGAAUACUUGAAGGUAAAAUGCUUGCUUGAGGAAACACUUGGCGAUGAGAGUAUUGGCAGUGCACGCGUGAAUUUGGAAGGACUCGUGGAAGGUUCUAUAAGGGAUGUGUACAUUCCACUCGAAAAAGUUAAUUCUGGAGAGCUGCGGCUUCAGAUAGAAGCGAUAAAAGUUGAUGAUGGUGAAAAUUCAAGGGGUUCACAUACUCGGACAAAUGGUUGGAUAGAGCUCGUUCUCAUUGAAGCGAGAGAUCUCGUUGCUGCUGAUCUCCGAGGAACGAGUGAUCCUUACGUAAGGAUACACUAUGGCAACUUGAAGAAAAGUACUAAGGUAAUGUACAAAACACUGAGCCCAAAAUGGCACCAAACUCUAGAAUUCCCCGAUGAUGGAAGUCCGCUAACGCUGCACGUGAAAGAUCACAACACCUUGUUGCCGACAUCCAGCAUAGGCGACUGCGUGGUCGAGUAUCAGAUGCUAGCCCCCAAUCAGAUGGCCGAAAAAUGGAUACCUCUGCAGGGAGUGAAACGCGGGGAGAUCCACAUCCAAGUCACAAGAAAAGUCCCCGAGCUCGAGAAGAGAUCGAGCGUGGAUUCCGAGUCAUCCCCCACCAAAGUUCACCACGAAAUCUUGAACCGGAUCAAGGAGACGAUGAUCAAGCUCCGAUCGCAGGUCGACAACGAGGACUCCGAUGCGGUUUCGGUAUCGCUGAAUGAGCUCGAAAGCCUGCACGAGUGCCAAGAGGAGUACUUGUUUCGACUUGAAACAGAGCAAAUAAUGCUAAUUGAUAAAAUAAAUGAGCUUGGACAGGAAAUCUUCAACUCGUCUCCUUCCCUGCUCAGGACUUCUACUAUUCCUUGAACAAGAUUUCAUAGUAUUUAAACUUUCAAAUAGAGUUGUGCAACUGAAUCAUGUGUUACAGUUUGGAUACAUUAUUACAUACCACCUCUAAUAUCUACAUGUGUAAGUAUUGUUAUAGGGAUGUUAAUUGGGUUGACCCGAAUAAAUCGAACAAAAAGGACGAUUGCGGCCGGAAAUUUGUAGCCCAAAGAAAAGUUCAGCCCAGUUGGCCCGAAUUUGAAAUAACCGAGGAAUUGUGUAGGUCCGAUUGACAUACCUAUCUAUUAUAAUGACAUUCAUACUUUAUUUUCUACUUAAA